GUCGUCAAUCGCUUAGUCUGUGGCGCGAAAACUCGAUCUCAAGAUGUUUAAAUUAUUUCUAUCCAUUUUAUUCUUCUUAAUAUCUUCACUGGCCAUCUGACUUUCCUCGAUACUCGUCUUACUGAUUUCGCCUAUCGGUCGAUCGGUGCAAGAACAGGCGUGCAGACAGAUAGGAAAGUACGAGGUGUGUGACAAAAUGGAAAACCAGUUGGACGUCAUCGUACAAGAAUCUGACUUAGAAUCAAAGAUCCUCCACUUGAACGUGUGGGUGUAUCGGGGAAAACGGUUUCAAAAAUUGAACACCUGUGAGAUUGAACCUUGAAAAAUGAAGAAGGGAUCGUUUAAAGGGUUAAAAAAUGUAUUCUGGCUAAACCUAACGUACAAUGUCAUACCACUGUUGCCAAAUCUGUUCUCAGAACCGAAGCAAUUGAGUUUCCUGUAUCUGAUGUACAAUAAGAUUAACGAGAUAUCCCAAGACCUCGUUCGCGGACGUGCUGCAUUUGUUGGGGCUGAAUUUCGGAUUGAACGACGUCGAACCGAUCGACAGGAGCUCGGUUACAGCAGUAUAUUCGCCUCCGGUUAAACGAUUAAGGUUAUUAGCGUAGAGCCUGGAGUUUGUAGAUGUAUUGUAGGAUUGAAUCUUCUGGAAUUGGGAAACGAUAAACUAACCAUCAUCCAGCCAGGAAUCCUACAAGGAUUGUCCAGAUUGAGCUGUCUCACAUUGGAAGGAAAUCAGUUAAGUAGAGUGUCUUACAUCGAUUACAAACAAUUAAUCGGUUCAAAUGAUUUGAACUUAGACUACAAUCAAAUAGCAAAUAUCGAGCUAGCAUCGUUCCUAGACAUGAAUUACUUGAAGCAGCUGCACCUGAGCACGAAUCAACUAACUGCAAUUAUCUUUGCAAUGUUUCAUGGACUAACGGAUUUGAACGAGCUGGAUCUGGCUGAUAAUAAGAUCAUUACAAUGCAACCCGGUGUGUUUGAAGACCUUCCAGUCCUGGCAUUCGUAAACCUUACGAAUAAUAAAUUAACUGGCAUAAAUAAUGUAGAAAUUGGUGGAAUAAAAAGAUGUGACGCAUCAACAUGUCGAGCGCAAAAAUCCAUGAGUUUGGCCAGAGUAUGACAAGUGUACAUCGAGUAGCUAAGACAGCGGAGCUAGAUGUUCCUUUUACGCUUCUCACUAGUGAGCCAGAGCGGUGCUUUCAGGCUCGCAAGUCUUCGACUUUCGCAAAAGCAUCGCAGAGGUAUAUAGUGCUAUCGCAGAUGAUAAAUCAUUAGAUCUAGAUGCUAUGCUAGUUGAAUUUUCACGCAACUUAAUUCGUUUCAGCUAGACCAAUCUGACUCUCGUACUUUUUUACAAUAAUCUCUGUUUUUAGGAUCUAACAAUCUCACCUUAUACCUUUGUUUUAACCUUCUUUGAUCAGGAAGAGUUACAAGUCAUAUUAGAAUAUCAACAUCCUUCGAUAUCUCGUAACAUCUCGUUCUGAUAUUUUUAAAUCGGAAAACGUUCGUUCAUGUCCUUGAAGACACUACAGUUUAUCUAACUCUCUUCAGCAGUUUGAUGAUAUUAGCAAAACAAUCAUAUUCUACUCCUUCCAAUGUGCAAUAUGCAGGUUUAUAACCGUCGAGGUAUUUCUUUUUGUGCAUGUAAAAUUGUUCUACCUAGAAGCAACGAGGGUAUCACGUUGUUACAAAAUUCGAAUCAACAAAUUUGUGGAAUUGGGAAGAUAUUGUAUUCAGUUACUCUAAUAGCCCUUAUUUCGAUUAAAAAUUUUCGUUUUUUAAUAUGUCGUUUAAUAUCU